AUGUCGAACCUUCCCGUCGAGCCUGAGUUCGAGCAGGCCUACAACGAGCUUGUCAGCACACUCGAGAACAGCACCCUGUUCCAGAAGAACCCCGAGUACCGCACCGCCCUCAAGGUCGUGUCCAUCCCCGAGCGCAUUGUUCAGUUCCGCGUUGUCUGGGAGGACGACAACGGCGACCUCCAGGUCAACCGCGGCUACCGCGUCCAGUUCAACUCCGCUCUGGGCCCGUACAAGGGCGGUCUGCGCUUCCACCCGACCGUCAACCUGUCCAUCCUCAAGUUCCUCGGCUUUGAGCAGAUCUUCAAGAAUGCCCUCACGGGCCUCAUGAUGGGCGGCGGCAAGGGCGGUGCCGACUUCGACCCCAAGGGCAAGUCCGACGGCGAGAUCCGCCGCUUCUGCGUCUCCUUCAUGCGUGAGCUGUCCCGCCACAUUGGCGCCGACACCGACGUUCCCGCCGGUGACAUUGGCGUCUCCGGCCGCGAGAUCGGCUGGAUGUUCGGCACCUACCGCGCUGCGCGCAACAACUUCGAGGGCGUCCUGACCGGCAAGGGCCUGUCCUGGGGCGGCUCGCUGAUCCGCCCCGAGGCCACGGGCUACGGUCUCGUCUACUACGUCGCCCACAUGCUCGAGUACGCCGGCGCUGGCUCCUUUGCCGGCAAGCGCGUGGCCCUGUCGGGCAGCGGCAAUGUCGCCCAGUACGCCGCCCUGAAGCUCAUUGAGCUCGGCGCCACCGUCGUCUCGCUGUCCGACUCCAAGGGCUCCAUCGUCGCCAAGGAGGGCGGCUCCGUCACGCCCGCCGACAUCACCGCCAUUGCCGACCUCAAGGUCGACCGCAAGGCCCUGACCGAGUUCAACGUCCAGGACCGCUUUACCUACAUCGAGGGCGCGCGCCCCUGGGUCCACGUCGGCCAGGUUGACGUCGCCCUGCCGUGCGCCACCCAGAACGAGGUCAGCGGCGAGGAGGCCAAGGCCCUGGUGGCUGCUGGUGCCAAGUUCAUCGCCGAGGGCUCCAACAUGGGCUGCACCCAGGAUGCCAUUGACAUCUUCGAGGCCGACCGCAAGGAGAAGAAGGGCUCCAAGGAGGCCGUCUGGUACGCGCCCGGCAAGGCGUCCAACGCCGGCGGUGUCGCCGUCUCGGGUCUCGAGAUGGCCCAGAACAGCCAGCGCCUGGCCUGGACCCAGGAGGAGGUCGACAACAAGCUCAAGGACAUUAUGAAGAAUGCCUUUGAGAACGGCCUCAACACCGCCAAGGAGUACGUCGAGACCGCCGAGGGCGAGCUGCCGUCGCUGGUCGCUGGCAGCAACAUUGCCGGCUUCGUCAAGGUCGCUCGCGCCAUGCACGACCAGGGCGACUGGUGGUCGAAGCAGUAA